AUGCCUCCAAGAAAGAAGACAAAGCGUGCGCACUCGCCCACACCACAAGAUGAUACGACGGCGCUCUCAAGCGCAGACACACCCGGAUCAAGCGACAGCGUCGACAAACCAGACACAGAGUACGACCUCAUCUCAGACCCCUGGACAGACGAGCAAGAAACAGCCCUGCUGAAAGCGAUCAUAAAAUGGAAGCCAGUCGGCCUACACAAACACUUUCGGAUGCUGGCAAUCUCCGAUUACCUAAAGAGCCAGGGGUAUGCGCCCUCUACAGCGGAACAUAUGCGGAUUCCCGGGAUCUGGAAGAAACUUGGUACAUUGUACAAUCUGGAAGCGCUUGAUGAGCGUGAAGAUUCGGUAAUCACCGAUGCCAACGAGGACGAUGAGGGGUCGAGCGAGAUGUACUGUGCGUUCGAGCUACCGUACGAUGAAUAUGGCGAUAUGAUGUUUGAGAGACGGUUAGCCAUGGAAGGCUCUUCUUCGCCGGUCACCAGUCGUGCGAGCCGAGCAGGUGAGUCGCGGCGAGGUAGUACAGUCGCCGAUACAGAUGAACCACGGUCUUCCCCGGCCCCAUCUCGAGGUCGCAACGCCAACCGGAGCGCGCGUACCUCGACAAGGGGAACACGCUCCACUAGACUGCAGGUUGAGAUUGGCACAGGGAGCCAAGGCAAGGUGUCAGAUGAGGGUGGUGACGGCGAUUCAGAAGAAGAAGAUACCGGUGCAAAUGAUGAAGAUGAUGAAGAAGGAGACGAGGUCUCGGAUGCCCCCAGUGACGAGGAAGAAGGUGAUGGCGAGAAGGGGGGUUCUCGCAGCACUCGAGCACAAACCUCUCGAUCCAAAGCUAAGGACAAGAAGCCUUCGGGUGGUACUGCGACGCGCAGGACAGGCCGACGGCGUUAA